AUGACAACCCCGAUAACAAAGGAGUACAGGAUUCACGGAAGUGCCAUGCCCACGGAAGGCGAUCCAAGGCCUCAGAUAUUUGUUGCAACCAUCUUCACGAAGAACCAUGUGUUUGCCAAGGCAAAAUUCUUCAAGAUCCUUGAGAAGAAGUACAAGAUUAAGGCAUCCAAGGGGUUGAUCAUCAACUGCGAGAGAAUUCCAGAGCCUUCAUUCAAGGAGGUCCAGAACUACGGGAUCCGCUUUAUCUACCGCAGCAGAAGUGGGGUUCACAAUGCAUAUAAGGAAUGCAGAGCAAUAAGCAGGUGCGGGGCCGUUGACCAUGUUUUAAGGGAGCUGGCUGGGAGACACAAGCUAAAGAGAUCUGCAGUGGACAUAAUAAGUGUGGAGGCUAUUCCCUUUGAGUCUCUUAGAAGGUCAAAGACUAUGGAGUUUGCUGAUGAGAAUGUCGAAUUCCCUGUUUUCACUAAGAUUCUCAAUACGAAGAGUCUAUUGAUUCCUUCAGAUUACAACCCUUCUGACUAA